AUGAUGCAAUCGCCACCUCCUUACGUACCUUUUGUCGAGUACGUCCUCAAGGCAAUCGAGCAUCCGCCGUACAUGUACGUGGCGAAGCUUGCUGCGUGCUGUACGAUGCUCUUCCUUACACGUGAAAACCCCGAACUGCUGCAGGAGCUGUGCCACAAGUGGGCGGCUCGCUUUGCGCAAGACCGGCUCCGUCUCAUCCGGCAUAUUCGCAAGCGUGCUUCCUACUGCAUCGACUCCCCUGAUCCCACCUCAUACGUCGGUCGCGAUGAGAAAGACUCUAGCGAGGACACUUCUGACGACGGAUGUGCGGCGCACUCAUCUGAGGAUCACACUGACAAGCGUAAUGUGGCGGCCGGAAUGUCCUGCUGCGACCCGGACAAGUCGGUGGAGCACCUGCUGUCCAUUCUCAACACACUCGUACCCAUGUACUUCUCGUGGAACUGGCACCGAGCCGACUACGUGAUUCAGAUCAACAAGGAGUACGAGGUGUAUGUGCGGGAGUACGUACUGCCUAUGUGCGCCGAUCUUGCCCCCAAUGAGGGUGCCGAUGACGUGGUGCACACGCCUUGGCUGCUCCCUCCGCACACCUACCUCGAGCCAACCGAGAGUCUGUUGUCCUUGGACACAUUUGCGUCAACGGUGGCGCCGCGCCCUUGCGUAGGCUCGCCGCAUCGUCCGAGCUGCGUUGCUAGCACCUCCGUGAGUGGGGCAGCGCCCAACAGGCAGGACAUUGUCUCCGCUAGUGGCCCGCCAAUAGCUGGCAAUGCGAAGAUGGACGGGCUCGAUUUUCCCAGUCGGCAGCAGCAGUUCACUUUCAGAUCGGUUAGCAAGAGGAAGCCACUCGACGCCAUUGCGACCGCUCCCCUCCCAAAGCUCUCGCCGACGUUUGGCAACACGUUGACCGGCGACGCAGCGUCCACCUCGUCCCCAAGCAUGGGGCCGGUCAGUGCACAUGCCUGCAACACCGCCACAAGCAAUGGCUUUACCCAUACUAUGUCACCAAACGUCAUGUCUGCCCGUGCCUUCAACGCCGCGGCCGUGUCCGGGCUGCACUUUUUGACGCUCAGCAACUACUGCGAAGCACUGCAGCGCAACACAACGGGUCUUGUGAUCGUCUUUCACGCCAAGUACUCGGCCAAGAGCAACGAAGUGAUUGACAUGUUCCAGAAGAUCACAGCGAAGCGGGUGCUUGAUCCGAUGCCGACCAUAGCCGUCGUCUAUGCCGUAGCAGAGCCAGAGCUGUCAAGCCUGUACAAGGUCAGCUGGUUCCCAACCAUUGUGUACAUUCCUCCCAUUCUGCACCAAAAGCACCGCCACCAUUAUCCAAACGCCGGUGCGCACACUCGCACUGACCACGCCGAGGACGAAAACAAGUACAACGCCGAUACCGACCGGAAACAAGACGCCGAUGCGGGCACCUCCACAGCCGACUCAACAUCCUUGUCGACUUCAUGGGUACCAAAGGCCCUGGCGAAGGCCUCAGCGCGUUCCACACAGGCGCGAUCGGCGCCGUUUCGCUGCGGCCCUUCUCCCGUUGUUGAUGCAGAGCCCCCGGCCCUGCCUCACAACGAAGAAGAGCCUUCGCAUCGCACAACCGGUGGCAGCGGCAAUGCAUCACAAGGGACGUCUGCCACGCCGGGCACUAACCAAGUUGCUAGAGCGCCGCAAAACACUAGUAUGAGCCCGCGCCCCAGCACACCGACACGGGGCCGAGGUAAAGCGUACAAGAUCGUCGGCGACCUGCACGCCGCGUCAGGGAGACAUACGAGCGCGUUGCCCAGCAGUCAGCCAGAUGCACCUUCACUGCUGGCGCAAUGGCCUGACAAAUGGACCGCAGCUUCACCGCGGACGCCGACGGAGAUCCUCUUCAGUACCUCCGUGGGGGAAAGCGCUCGAAACGAGUUCGUGACCACGCCGCCGCAGUUUAGCAGCAGCAGCACCACCACCAGAGCGAACUCCAGCGCCCAAGGCGGCAGCGUGGAGGAUAGGGUGCAGCCGCUGGCCGAGGACAGCGGAGGGGCGGCGGGUGACUUUCUCGAGGACAUCGUGAGCGGCGGGGACUAUGUUAUCUACCCCUUAGAUGGCGUGCAGACCGUUCCUGCGCUUGUAGAAUGGAUUAGCUCUCGCGGGGCAAGUGUCCCACGUCUGCGGAAGAUGAAGGAAUUCUUUACUUGCAUCAAAACCAUUCGUCAAGAGGAGAAGUUCAAGCGUUACAGAGAGCUCUACUCGGCAGUGGUGACGCUUCGUCGCUUGCAAGGCAUCAAGGAGGACCUGAGUGUUACCGGGAGCGGCGGAACUGGUGGCACACCAACACCUCUCCCGUCGACACCAUCUCAUCAGCAGCCGCCGGAUCAGCCUCUCUUCAUUUUUCUGGGCGGCGGUAUGGCCGCAGGCAAGACGACAGCGGUGGCGGCUCUCGCCAAAAGCAGCUGGUGGGAAAGUCACAAAGAGCAGAGCGUUGUCGUGAAUGCCGAUGAGUUCAAGCUGCCACUAGAGUGCGAGAUGUCGUCGUCGGAGGCGCACACGCACAGCACUCGUGCUGCCGAGAACCUCCUUGUGAAGGCGAUCAACCAAGGCCGCAGCAUCGUCCUGGACGGCACUAUGAUGUGGAAGCCAUUUGUGCAGCAGGUGGUCGCCAUGGUGCGCGAUGCCCACCUCACACUCUUUAAACAAGGUCCAGGCUACAUCGACAAGACGCAGAUGGAAAAGUACUUCGUCGCCGAAAAAGCUCGCCAACCCGCCCUGCCGAUGCCGUACAAAAUUCUUUUCCUCGGUAUCACCGUAGAGGUAGAGACAGCCGUUCCGCGCGGAUUUCUGCGCAAGUUUCAAACCAAUCGCGGUGUCCCCAUCUCGGUUCAGCUGCGCUCCUUUAAGCUCUUUGCGGAGAACUUUACGGAUUACGUUAGUUUGGUAGACGAGACAACCCUCUUCAACAACAAUGUCUUUGUGAAGCUGGAAAAGGGUGAGUUGCCUCCGGUGCUUGCCGAGUGUAGCAGCAAAACAAACGGCAAGCUCGUCGUACACGACGACGCAGCAUUUCAGCAGUUUUUGCGGCAGCAGCAGAUCAACGACGACGCCGAUAACGUGCUCGAAUUGUACCCCACGACUCCCGGAGAGUAG